GCCCAUAGCAGGAUCAUGGGACAAAACUGUGAGGCCCCCCAAAAAAAAACACAGACAAAAAAGUCACACAUAGGUUAAAGAGGAAAAUUGAAAAAGCACCUGGAUAAAACUGUUUAUCCCCUUAAAAAGCAACCAAAAUUCUAUCUCGAAAGGACAAAUCGUUAAAUCGAAAUUGGACUAGAGGGAAACAAUCAAAAUAGGCCGGAUUGCACACACAGACAAAGGCCCAAUCAGAGAAAAUGCCACAUACAAACGACGUCCCAGACUCCGAGCGUGAAGUGUUUGAUUCAUUGACGGAGAUUCGUUCCAAGCUGUCCGCUUUGAAGAAGGAUCGCUCCCAAUAUCUCAACUCGAAGGAUGUCCAGACCGUCUACGGGAAGGUUAUGUCCCAUGUCCACGAGCUGCACAAGAUCCGGAAGGCCAAUCACACCGAGAAUGAGAUCGCCAACAGGGUUGACCAAGUGCUUGACGAUGUGUUCCAGCUGCUCUCGUUGUUCUUCCUUGCCGUGGGGUUGACCAAGGCUGCCCCUGCAACCUAUGCAUCCCUGAUCACUGUCCAACGUUUGUUGGAGCACCUCAGCGAGAGUAAAGUGUAUACACACCAUGACCUGACACCUAUCAAGCAGAGAUUGGAUGAGAUUGAGCAGAUUAUCCAGGAGAGCAGCGUUGAGGAGGAGGAACAUUCCCUCUUGAAGAACAAAUUGCAAGAGUGCCUGGAUGAAUACAAAACAGUUGAGCAUAAAAUCGACGGUGUCUCUCCACAAUUGCAGAGUCUCUUGGAGAAGCUCGUCUCUUUAAGAAGAAGACUGCUUGGUGUUGCCUCUAGACCAGACUCAUUUGAUCCUAAGGAGCUGGAGCCUUUGGAGGCUGAACUGCAGGAGUUGAGAACGCACAGAGAUUCCGAAGGUAAGUUCCAGUCCCUUGAGACUGGUCAAGUUGUUGUUGGAGGUCAAAGAGUAUUGAACGGUUUGCUCGAUGAUUGUACCAUCAUGAUCAACGAUCUACACGCACAUAACUUCAAGUUGGAUAAGACUCUUGAGCCAAUCUAUGAGCGUCUGCUCACGCUGAAAACCACCUUGGAGGAUCUGCUGGUUACUCGUAGAUGGACCCUUAGAGAAACAGACCUUUACACCUACCAGAAGCAAUUGCAAGAGAUUGACGACACCAGGGUAAACGGCAAGUUCCCAACAUCCUCCGAGGACUCUUCAAAGGGCCAAUUUGUGCUGCUGUACCUCUUGAGACGUUGUUAUGCAUUUGUCUACAAGCUGCUAGAGUCCAGUGAGCCUGUCAGCGAAGCAUUGCAGCCUAUCCACAACCAGCUGUCCACUGUUAGAAGAUGUCUGUUGGAGGUGAAGCGUAUGGGUGGUAUCAACUCUGCAAGGGAGCUAUAUCCAUACCAAAUGAAGCUUGCCUCUCUCGACAAUCUCCGUGAGGACGGUAAGUUUGUUGUGGAUGGCCAAGUGCCAGAAGGCCAAGGUACCCUGACUGCGCUGUUGGCCGAAUGCUACGACAUUUGUGAAGAGAUGAAGAUUGAAGCCGAGGACCGUGAAGAGGAGGAAGGAGAACAACACGACGAGGAUGAUGAUGAAGGGCUCUAUGAGCACGACGAUGACGAGGAGGAUGAUGAUGAUGAUGACCAGCAGGACGACAUCUAUGACGAACUGGAACCGGAAGACUACAACGUUCCAAGCUACGCACCAAGCAUCGCAGACUCCGAGUUGAAGAACUAG